AUGGCAGUAUCCCUGGAGCUGUUUGAUACCCUAGCUUCUAGGCUGAACUCCUUUGUGGCUCAGUGCCAGCCUAACAUCAAGGAGUGGAAAGAAGACGUGGUGAAGGCUGUGCGGUCCGUGGAGAAGUUCCUGAAGGAGCAGCACUUCCAGGGGGACCAUGGGCUGGACCAGAAGGUGCUGAAGGUGAUCCAGGUGGGCUCCUUCGGGAAUGGCACGGUGCUCAGGAACCACGCGGAGGUGGAGCUGGUGAUGUUCCUGAGUGGUUUUAGCAGCUUCCAGGAGGAAGCCAGCAACCACAACCACCACAAGCAUGUUCUGAGCAUGCUCUGCGAAAAGCUCACGGAUUGCCCGGAUCUGCUUCACCUCCAGCCCCAGAACCUGAGGCUGGUCCACGGAGUCACCUCUGCUGUUACCUUCACCAUUCAGACCUGGGAGAUGGAAGAGCAAGUCACUGUCACCAUCGUGCCGGCCUACAGGGUCCUGAGGCCUUCUGUUCCCAACUUUCAGCCCUCCCCAGAGGUCUAUGUGAGACUGAUUAAGGCCUGCCAUACUCUUGGACACUUCUCCCCGUCCUUCAGCGAGCUGCAGAGCAACUUCGUGAAAUACAAGCCAACCAAGCUGAAGAGCCUCCUGCAGCUGGUAAAACACUGGUACCUGGAGUAUGUGAAAGCCAAGUGCCCUAGGGCGGAGCUGCCCCCAAUGUAUGCCCUUGAGCUACUGACCAUCUAUGCCUGGGAAACGGGUACUGAGGAGAAAGAGCGUUUCAGGUUGGACGAAGGCCUGGUCACUGUGCUGCUGCUGCUCACAAAGUAUCAGCACCUCUGCAUCUACUGGACCAAGUACUACACGUUGCAGAACCCGAUCACUGAGGACUUUGUCAGAAACCAGCUCAAAGAAAAGAGGCCCAUCGUCUUGGAUCCGGCUGACCCCACCUACAAUGUGGCAACAGGCUACAGGUGGGAUAUAGUGGCUCAGAGGGCCCGCCAUUGCCUGAAAGAGUCCUGUUGCUACGACAACAAUGAGACAUGCAUCCCCAACUGGAAACUGAAGUUUGCAUGAGACAUCAAGGUGACAGUGGAGCAGCGGGGUUGUGUGGAUUUCAUCAUCCAGGUGAACCCUUAUGAGUCCAUACAGAAGCUCAAAGAGAAGAUCCAGUGUAAGCUGGAGUCCUCGGCCCCACAGCGUCUGUCCUUCCAGGAGCCUCGGGAACAUCUCUCCUUGGCAGAUUACAGUAUCUUCUCUGACGCUCACAUCUCUCUGCUGCAGACUGUCUCUCCUGCGAUGCAGGUCUUCCUGAAGAAUCCCAGCGGUGGGAGCCACACCUAUGCCAUUUACUCCAGCAGCUUAGUCCUUGACCUGAAGUGUCAGAUUGAAGUGAGGGAGGGGCUACUCAGAAAGAAGCAACAGCUAGAGUUCCAAAGCCAAGUCCUGCAGGAUGAGUGGAGUUUGAGUUUCUGUGGUGUCCGAGACAACUCCACCCUCAUCCUCUCCAAGAAGACAGCCGAAUAG